CCUCUACAGUCGUAUAAAAUAGCUCCGGCAAAGUCUUACAUAUUUAGCAUCAUUCGGUUUCUCCUUGCCUCCUUGCUCAAGCAAAACCCCCAGAAAAGGAAACUCGAGAAUCUAAACUCACUGAGUCACCCUUAAUGGAAGGGCAAGAAGGAAUUCAGCAACCGCACCUCAUACUCGCUCACAAGCGCUUCCUUCUAACCCACCCCGAUGUCCCAGACAUUGAGAAGGUCCACCUCAAGGAGGAGGUCUUUACGGCCGUCAAAGCUGACGAUAUGGUUCCCUUGUACGAAACCCUAGUGGGCGAAGGGUUACUGGAGAAGGAUCAGAACGUAUUGGAUUCGAUGCGUGCGAAGAAUGAGGAGGAGCUCAAGAGGCUCGAUGAGAAGAUUGCUGAUGCUGAAGAAAACUUGGGUGAAAGUGAAGUUCGAGAAGCUCAUUUGGCCAAAUCUUUGUUCUACAUUCGAACUGGUGACAAGGAGAAAGCUUUGGAGCAACUAAAGGUGACAGAAAGCAAAACAGUUGCAGUUGGGCAAAAAAUGGACUUGGUAUUCUAUACUUUACAGCUUGGCUUUUUCUACAUGGAUUUUGAUCUCAUUUCCAAGAGCAUUGACAAAGCAAAAAACUUGUUUGAAGAGGGAGGUGAUUGGGAAAGGAAGAACCGGUUGAAGGUGUAUGAAGGCUUGUAUUGCAUGUCCACUCGGAAUUUCAAGAAGGCAGCAAAAUUGUUUUUGGAUUCCAUUUCAACCUUCACUACCUAUGAACUUUUCCCUUAUGACACCUUCAUAUUUUAUACUGUUCUUACAAGCAUAAUAUCAUUGGAUAGAGUUUCCCUGAAGCAAAAGGUAGUGGAUGCUCCUGAGAUCUUGACAGUGAUUGGGAAAAUCCCGUACCUUUCUGAGUUUUUAAAUUCUCUAUAUGAUUGUCAAUACAAAUCAUUUUUCUCAGCAUUUGCUGGCCUCACGGAGCAAAUUAAACUUGACCGCUAUCUGCAUCCACACUUCCGAUAUUACAUGAGGGAGGUCAGAACUGUUGUCUAUUCUCAGUUUUUAGAAUCCUACAAGAGCGUUACCAUUGAAGCAAUGGCAAAGGCUUUUGGUGUGACAGUGGAGUUCAUUGAUCUGGAAUUAUCACAUUUUAUUGCGGCGGGGAAGCUUCAUUGCAAGAUUGAUAAGGUUGCAGGUGUUCUUGAAACUAACCGGCCUGAUGCAAAGAAUGCUCUUUACCAAGCCACUAUCAAGCAGGGAGACUUCUUAUUAAACCGCAUUCAGAAGCUAUCUCGUGUGAUUGAUCUUUGAAGUUUAUGGGUGUUUUUUGUGAAUCUGCAAUGGAUGCCAUAAUCGGAGGUUUCCAAAGUAAAAGGGAGCAUAGGGAUUUCAUAUUUGAUGUUUUUCAUUGAAUCAAUCCGUACUAGUCGAGUUGUUCUUUAUUUGUUUCUUCUCAAAAUAUAUUAAGAAUUUAAGCAUUUUGCUGAUUUCA